AUGAUUGGCGAGCAGUAUACCAGCAUUAUUACGGGUUUUAAAUCGGCCUUAGCAGUUAGCUGCAUCGCUGUGUCCCUUUUCCUACUAUCCCCGUGGAUCGCUUACGCUAGAUUGCCAUCGUCCAUAAAAUCACCUAUCAAAGCAAAAGGGCCGUUGUCAGCUCUUCGAGCAUGCUUGAAUGAGAUCAGCGCCGGAGCGAAAACAUCGACAAGGGGAUACGAAUUGUAUUCCAAGAAGGGUCAGUCCUUUGCAAUGCUAAACAUCAACUUUCGGCCUCAAGUGAUCCUACCUCCAGAGCAUGUCCGCUGGCUAGUUACCCAACCAGAAGAUAUCCUCUCUCAUGCCAAGGCCAGUGACGAUGCUGACGCGCUGGGGUAUAUCUGGCCACUGUUUGAUGCAUCAGCUCUGCACUCAUUCUCUAAAGUUCUCCAAAUUGAUCUCACUCGAAACGUCACACAGACAGAGAAAGAUGUCUUGGAAGAGGUGCAGCACAUCAUGGAUGAGCUUGUCGGUCAGACCGAAUCUUGGAAGGAGGUGAAUAUGGUUCAGGCUUUUGAAAGGAUCAUGUACCAGGCGACGCAGCGCGUUUAUGUGGGACUUCCUCUGUGUCGAGACUCCACAUAUAUGGGAUACGUGAAAGGAUACGCUCGCUCCUUGGGCACUGCCAUGGUAUUCGCAGCUCAGCUUACACCUUGGCCGCUCAGGCAGGUUACAGCCCUGCUCGCGGGAUUGCCGGUUUACUACUAUGUCCUUCGGGUCCGAUCUUACCUUUCUCCUCUAUUCAAGGAACGGAUGGAGCGGCUGAAAGAGAAGGGGGGGACCCAGGAUGAUAAUCUGGAAGGGGAACCAAGGAACCUGAUUACCUGGAUGUCAAAUGGCGUGCUUUCCGGGGUCGGGCCCAAGUCGAUCAGCCCCAGCGAAAUGGUAACAUGGCUUGGAAUUCUAGCCCUCCUACCAACAGAUAAUCUCUGGACGACAUGCACAAACGUGCUUCUUGACCUGCUUAGCUCCGAGUCCGAGCACGCCUAUCUCCAUACCAUCCGCGAGGAAGCAAGGACGGUAUUCGCUUCAAGCAAAGAGUCCGGCAAGCCCGUAUCACAUGGACUGCAUCACAUCGACAGCGCGAUUCGGGAAAGUCUGCGGAUGAAUUCGUUAUCCCCGAGAUCCCUCCAUCGCCAGGUUGUACGACGUGGAGGCGUUGUGCUACCUGACGGACAGAAGGUCCCUACAGGGACUUGGCUGUGUGUUUUGUCCGGCAACAUCCAGAGAGACGAGGACUACUAUGAGGAUGCGCAGACGUACAAGCCAUUUCGUUUCGUUCCUAAGCUGACUGAAGCUGGAGGCGACAAAGCACCCCUGUUACCUCUGACAAAUGAGAAGUAUCUUACUUUCGGUUAUGGUCGACAUGCCUGCCCUGGCCGAUGGUUUUCGUUCCAGGUUAUGAAGAUCGUUAUUGCUUACAUCCUCGCGAACUACGACAUCCAGCCUCUGGAGAAACGCCCGGACAAUAUCGUUUUUGCAGAUCUCAACAUACCCCACUUAUCCCACAUCAUUCGGAUCAAGAGGAUGACAUGA